UUCCGGUUCCGGCGGGGCCCGGUGUGGCGGCGGCGGCGGCAGGAUGGGGCUGAGCGCGGAGGAUGCGGCCGAGCAGGAGGAUCGCUUCGACGGCAUGCUGCUCGCCAUGGCGCAGCAGCACCAGGGCGGCGUGCGCGAGCUUGUGAACACCUUCUUCAGCUUCCUGAGGAGGAAGACGGAUUUCUUCACUGGGGGAGAAGAUGGAGUGGCAGAGAAGCUGAUCACAGAUGCUUUCAACCACCACAACAAACUGGCUCAGAAGGAGCGGAAGGAGAAGAAGGCCCGUCAGGAGGCCGAGCGGCGCGAAAAGGCCGAACGUGCCGCCAAACUGGCCAAGGAAAAGCAGGAAGCCAACGAGCCAAGGAUCAAGGAACUCACGGAUGAGGAAGCAGAAAGGCUGCAGCUCGAAAUCAACCAGAAGAAAGAGGCACAAGGGCAGGUCAACAGUGUCCCAGUGAAACCCUCAGAGGAUGAAGCUGAAUCAGAUUCUAACAAACAGGGAACAGAUGAUGAAGAGGAAGACGAGAAGGAUAAAGGAAAACUCAAACCCAACUCUGGCAAUGGAGCUGACCUUCCAAAUUAUAGGUGGACACAGACUCUUUCAGAAUUGGAUCUGGCCAUCCCUUUCAAGGUGAACUUCAGGUUGAAGGGGAAGGACGUGGUGGUCGAUGUCCAGAGACGCCGCCUCAAAGUCGGCCUGAAGGGCCACUCUCCUGUCAUUGAUGGGGAGCUCUUCAAUGAGGUGAAGGUGGAGGAGAGCUCCUGGCUCAUUGAAGAUGGUAAAACAGUCACUGUGCACCUGGAGAAGAUCAACAAGAUGGAAUGGUGGAACAAACUGGUCUCCACAGACCCGGAGAUCAACACCAAGAAAAUUAAUCCAGAGAACUCAAAGCUGUCAGACCUGGACAGUGAAACUCGCAGCAUGGUGGAGAAAAUGAUGUAUGAUCAACGACAGAAAUCCAUGGGCCUGCCCACGUCUGAUGAACAGAAGAAGCAAGACAUUUUGAAAAAGUGGGUACACCUCAUUAAUCUGUGGGGUUUUGCCUUCCCAAGCCCUCCUCCUCUUCCUCUUUGGCACAAAUAUGUGAAGAGAAAGCAGGUUGGCCUUCAAUCCCACCUGUGCUCUCAUCUGCUUAGUCAUUGAACUGUUGGCUGAUCA